AUGAAUAAUGCAGGUGUUCCUGGGGGCAAAUUAAUAGAUGGAAUAGGGUAUGAAACCUAUGAGUUAGCUGAAAAAUGUUUGAAAACAAACUUCUAUGGAGUAGAAAGAGUAACUGAAGCUCUUGUUCCUCUUCUUCAACUAUCCACUUCUCCAACAAUUGUCAAUGUUUCCUCCAGAGCAGGACUAUUGAAAAAUAUAUCAAAUGACUGGGCUAGAAAAGUGUUUAAUGACAUUGACAACCUAACAAAGGAAAAAAUAGAUGAGGUGCUAAAAGAGUUUGAGAAAAAUUACAAAGAAGGAUCACUAGAGAUCAAAGAUUGGCCAACUUUUGCUUCUGCUUAUACAAUGUCAAAAGCAGCUUUAAAUGCUUACACAAGGAUAAUGGCCAAGAAAUACCCUCAUUUCCACAUAAACUCUGUGUGUCCUGGCUUUGUCAAGACUGAUAUGAAUAACAAUAUUGGAAAUUUAAGCAUUGAUGAAGGUGUUGAAACUCCUUUAAUGUUGGCACUAUUGUCAAAUAAUGGUCCUUCUGGUUGUUUCUUUACUAAGGGUGAAGUAAUACCCUUUUGAUCAUUAUUUGAUUAUUAUCCUAAUAGUGUUCUUCUAUUCUAGAAAUGAAGUGACACCCUUUUGAUCAAAGGUAUAUGUUAUGUAUUCAAGAGAAUGAAUAAUA